AUUGGAACUCCAAGUUGAGCACAAUGGAGUCCCCGAAGCCAGAAGAACGGUUCAAGUUCCCGCCUUCUUACCACACGAGCAACGAGCGGCACGCAACGACGGAUAUUCUCGAGCGAAGUCAACUUAAGCUACUCGAUCGUGUGCCAAGCAGUGCAACGGAGCUGGCAGCGUCCGAACAUUCUGAAGCUCGUGAUUCAUUACUCCAAAACCGACACAACUCUGCACAACCUGGAGUUCGAGUCUCACGAGAUGCGCACGAUAGCCGCGUCCGCGCUUCACACUCUUCCCGGACUGCCGAGUCCCGACUGCUAACAAAAUGCCGUUGAAAAUGCACAGCCCGGAGUGCCAGGCUGUGGGCGAUUUACGCUGCAUUGAAAAGGGGCACUGGCGCCCAUGCAAGAUUCACGGCGAGAGCGGCCAUCAUGGGGCGUAUACGGACUGCGUGAAGUGUGACGGAAGUGGGAAGCGCGCAGCGAAGGACGAGAGGAUCCAACGUCAGAAAGAGAGAGAGGAGAAGGAGAGGCUCCGAAAGGAAGAAACCGAACGGAAGAAACGUGAGGAGGAAGAGGCGAAGCGGGCCGAGAAAGAGAGAAUCCGCGAAGAGAAGAAGCAGCUUUACCAGGCGACCCUGGAUAGAAAACAACGCGAUAAAGAAGAACGGGAGCGGAAACACCGUGAGCAGAAAGAGUCGUUGAAGAAAAAGAAGGAGGAGGAGGAGAGGAAACAGAAGGAAGAGGAGGAGCAGAGAAGGCUUCUGGCAGAAAUGGACCCGGAAAUCCAAGCGAGCGAUCAAAAGCGCGAAGAGAAAAAACAGCGAAAGCAAGCCAAAAAACAGCGUGAGAAGGAAGAAAAGGCGGCAAAGGGGAGCCAACCACCCGAGGGGGCGGAGGAGGCAACCACGGCCGAGGCCCCCAACGACAAUACGAACAGCCCCGACGAAAGUGACGAUACCUCAUCACCAUCCACGGGAAACAACACUCCCCCGGACACCACUCCCCCGGAUUUUCAUUCAAAGCUUUAGGCUAGCUUGGCUUGCGCUGUGUUGCCAACAGGGAAGAACGACCGCGGCGACAUUCGGCGGCUUCAUACCUUGGCAUCUUACCCUCGACCAGCUCUUACCUUUCCCUUGCCUUUAGCACACCAUUUUCCCGCCUUGUUCCGCCUUUCCUCUUCCUCCAUCUCCUCCUCCUGGACGGAAAAGACGGCCGGCGGGUGUUUUCCCUAAAGUCAUUCGUCACGAUUUCCUUUAUCAACCAUAUAGCCCUCCAUUGUUCCACCUCUCCGCCUUGUCCUCCUCCUAGACGGGGAAGAAAGCUGAAGUGGACCAAGAAGACG